GAUGCACUUCGACGUCGCGUUCACCUUCACGCAUUCGUUGGCAGUCGAGAUUAAUCGCAAGAAGAGGGAGUUCUUGCUCCACCAGUUCCCUGACAUUCGCACUGUCCUGGGCGACGUAGCUCUCCUCAGCUCCCUUCGUGCGCGCUGCCACAAGGUGAACGCUGAGGUGAUCGUUCCAUCGUGUCAGAUGGUCAUCGCAGGCUUCUCGUGCACCAGUCGCUCCCGAGCUUCGAAUCGAAGCUCGCAGCAUGCGAAUUGCGUUCAGAACCGCACCGAAGCAGCAACAAGUACCACAUUCUGGGAUAUUCAUCAGUACAUUUCGGAGGUACGGCCCGCAGUGGUGAUCAUGGAAAACGUGAAAGAACUCCUCGAACAAAGAGGCAGCGGAUCUGAUGACAUGAGCGACGCAGAUUUCAUUGUUGCUGAGAUGAAAAAGUUAAGUUACACGGGCUUCCACACGGUCAUCAACUCAGCCGACCAUGGUGCGAUUACGAGCCGCAUCCGCCUGUACUUCGUCUUCGUCCAAGCUCAGAACAUCAACGAGGCGACGAAAUCAAAGGUUAACGGGUUCGGCGAAGAGAUCAUCGGGUGCCUCAUCACCGACGCCGGGAGCGUUGAGAGCAUCAUCAGCUUGGAUGCGCCUGGUGACUUGGACCUUGUCACGUCCAGCGAUGUGAUAGAGCAGGACUCCAAGCGCAGGAAGACCGACUUCAAGUACAAGGACGACCAUUACGAGAUCUUCCAAACGAUCCUCUACAACUGGUGGCCCAUGGGUGACGUUCACAUUCCCGAGUUCGUGGGCGUCCAGAUGUCGCUGCCUCGCUUGGUCGGGUGGCCCAACAAGGUUCGCAACCCGUGGAGCGCCACCGUUCCGACCAUCAUCUCGAACUCUACCAUCGUCAUGCGUUGGGUGCCGCGAGGAUUCGAUAAGCCGCUGGUUCGCGCCCUUUCGGGGUAUGAGCUGAUGAAGGUCACUGGGUGGACUGACAGCAUGUGGGCGCCAGAAAAGCACGGCAUCCUCAAGGGCCCCGACUUCAAGAACGACUGCGAGCUCCUCACCUCCCUGGCCGGGAACGCCUUCAACGGUCAUGCGCUCCCAUGUGUCAUCGUAGCAGCGUUCGCCAUGAGGGGCAUGAUCAUGCAGGCCCCAGAGGAAUCCGACGAGGAGAGCGAGAAAGAGGAGGGCGCCGCGGCGUCGGACGACACUGAUGGUUUGCUCAGCUCGUCGGACUGA